GUGACGUAGGCGAAGCGUACGUAGCAGCAGAACGUCCGCUGCCGUUUUACGAUCAACCUGAACAACUGAGCAUCGGGGGGGCUCGAUCGCGCGGCGCACUUGAUGCAGCGAAAGGUGGGAUACCGCGUCGUCGGACAUCUUUUUUGAAUGGACCCGCGAGUUGUUGAAUGACUCGGGCGUUAAGUGACAUUUGAAUGGGAGUGAAUGUGCAGGUGCUGACGAGCUUGUUGGUAUUCAGUGUAUUGUGAUUGGUGGACUAGAUCGAAUCUCCCACGUUAAAAAGCGAUCUGACGACGUCAGAUCCUAUCGCGACCGGAGAGCGCCUUCAUAUCGGCCGUUUGAUUAAAAUUUCUCAUCACGAAUACUCCUUUAUCGUACACGUGAAGCCAGGACGACUCUGCAAAAAUCGCCCUGUCGAGAUGGACGUUUGCAGAAGCGGCUCAAAGACUAAGGAAUAACUCGGAUCCAGUCACCUUAGGCGGGCGACGCGUCCUGACGCGGUCUUAUCAAAUCUAGGUGGCUGCGGGUGGCACGGUUAUUAGAAUGGUCGGUACGAUAGACGGGAGCACCUAACGUCACGAUUUUUGGUGGCGAGAGCUGAAGUUAUGUUCGUUAUUCGGUAGUGCGCAGCGGGUACAGUUGUAGUAGUGGACAGACAUGUUGGUGUUUAUUGUAAUCGUGACCAUUUUGGGGUCGCUCGGAAACGGGAUGAUGGCCUACAACGUAGAUAACGGCGAAUGCCGGUCUGCCUUGGGAAUGGAGGAAGGUCGUAUUCCAGACCACGCCAUUUCAGCAAGUUCUUCUUACGAAGCCAAAUCGGUGGGACCACAAAACGCAAGAGAAAAAUGGCGGAGCUUGGUGUCCGAAAGCGCAGAUCAGUAGCGACGUUAAGGAGUACCUCGAGGUCGACCUUCAGAAGAACCAUCUGAUGACGUGGACCGAAACCCAAGGUCGGUUCGGCAACGGUCAAGGUCAAGAGUUCGCCGAGGCGUUCCUGGUCGAAUACUGGAGGAGUUCCCUCAACCAGUGGAUUACGUAUAAAGAUGCGAGAGGGGAGAAGGUGUUGACGGGUAACAGCAACACCUACUUGGUGGUGAGACAGAGGCUGGAGUUGCCGUUCGUGGCGUCUAAAGUCAGAUUCAUCCCCUACAGCGAGCAUCCUCGCACCGUUUGCAUGCGAGUAGAACUCUACGGCUGUCCUUGGGAACAAAGCAUCAUUCGCUACGACGCACCCAAAGGAGAUAUCCGGGAACCUGACAUAAAUCUGGAAGACAUAAGCUACGACGGCAUCUCGGACGGCGUCGACAUGAAGGGCGGACUGGGACAGCUGGUGGAUGGUCUUUACGGCGACGACGACUACCAAAAGCAAAUUAAUGGAGAACAAUCAGGCAGCAGAUGGGUCGGGUGGAGCAACGAGACGCGCGGCGGGGAGCCUCUGGAGAUCAUUCUAGAAUUCGACGGGGUCCGAGAAUUCAACGCUGCGCAUCUCCACACGAAUAAUAUGUUCAGCAGGGCUGUGGAGGUGUUUUCUCAAGCCGAAGUGUGGUUUAGUUUGGACGGGACGAGAUACCAGCCAGAUCCGGCGAGGGUCCCAAUCCUCCCCGAUAGGGCCAGAGAAAACGCAAGGAAUAUCACAAUACGGUUGAAAGGGAGACCCGCGAGGUUUAUAAAGUUGCGGCUGUUUUUCGCGGACAAGUGGAUCUUACUCAGCGAAAUUUCCUUUGAAUCGGUAUUGCUAUCGAACAACCUGACCAUCGACGACCUGGAAAAGUACUAUUACUUACCGGAGACGGUGGUGUCGACGUCGCAUCCCGGUGCCACUAGUGGGGAAUCAACUCACGCGAGGAAAGAAGUGACGCCGGCCACCAGUCCCACCAGUACUGCCCAGGCCUACAUCGGUCUCAUCACCGGAGUACUGGCGAUGAUCGUCCUCCUCCUCGCUUGCACUGUGUUCCUGAUGAUACGCAGGGGCAGGAAAAAGGUUGCGCUUUUGCACAAACACACCGCUUUGGUAUCGAGCAGUACCAAACCGACGACGAUCAACAUGAAGGACCUGAAACACAUGUCGACGCCCAUCAUUAAUAACGGCCUGUCGCGAUCCAGGUUAUCCGUGAAAAGUAAAAACGGUACCGUCGGCACCGUGGAUGGGAAAAAACAGAAAAAAAACAACGUGUACGGUCACGUUAACGGGGAAGAGUCGGACAGCGAGAACUCGUCCGUGUACCAUGAGCCGUACAAGUUACUUCCCAACGCGAAACAGGAGUACGGGUGUUUGUUGAAGAAGGACGCCAUAUCGUCGAGCAAAAGCGGAGAAUACACCGAUUUUACCAGCGUGAACAGUUUCCAAGAGGAGCUCAAAUUCAAGUCGCCGUCGUUUUACAAUCUGACUCCUCCGCCGCCGCCAUCUUCCAGACCGCCCACCUACGACGUGCAAAACUACCAAGCGCCGAACUCUACUCCGAACGGUACUAUACCGGCGGAAAACUACUAUGCUGCCACCGAUAUCAUUAAGGGCGAAAGAAGGGAGCAGCAUUUCACGCCAGGCCGAUUUACUCCGAUCAAACUUCCGGAGGGUCCCCCGUUGGAGGGGGUUGCUCACCUGCUGGAUUUUCCGAGGCACCGUCUGAGGCUCUUGGAAAAAUUGGGUGAAGGCGAUUUUGGCAUGGUCCACCUGUGUGAGGCCGAGGGACUGCCGGACUUCAACGGCGGCUCGUCAUUCCAUAAAAAGCAGCUAGUAAUAGUCAAGAGUUUGUGGCGGGGCUGUGGGGACGGCAAAAGACACGAAUUUCUGAGGGAAACCAGCUGGUUGGCGGGCCUCAGGGAUCCCAACUUGGCGAGGGUGGUGGGACUGUGCAGUCAAGACGAGCCGAUGUGCGCUCUAUUGGAGCACUCGGAGCCCGGCGAGCUGCCCAAGUUUCUAUCGAAACUGGUCGUGGACGAGAAUGGCAGUCCCGUAGGACCCUCCGUCAGUUACGGCUGCCUGAUCUACGUAGCGACCCAGAUAGCGUCUGGGAUGAAGUAUCUAGAAUCACUAGAUUUGGUCCAUCGAGAUCUAGCUGCGAGGAAUUGCGUGGUAGAUAAAAAUUUCACCAUCAAAGUGUCCGAUCACGCCAUGUACUGCGAUCGCUACGAAAGCGACUACUAUAUUAGUGAUACGAAAGCAAGACUGCCAAUCAGAUGGAUGUCGUGGGAAUCCCUACUAUUGGGAAGACAAACGACGAAAAGUGACGUAUGGGCCUUCGCCAUUACCCUGUGGGAAAUUCUCAUGCUGUGCACGCAGCAACCGUACGCGGAAUUGACCAGCGAACAGGUGAUCGAAAACAGCAACCAUUGGUACCAAAACGAUGGCUGUCAAAGAUAUCUUUCGAGACCAUCGUCUUGUCCACGAGAGAUUUACGACCUGAUGGGCGAGUGCUGGAAACGAAACGCCGCGGAUAGGCCCCGUUUUUCCGAAAUACACCUGUUUUUGCAACGCAAAAAUUUAGGAUAUAUGCCCGCCAAUCUCGCGGUGUAAACGAAAGCGGGUUAUUUUCAAAUAAUUGUCUCGACUCUAUAGGAGAACACAUUUAAAGACGUUCGUGUAUAUUUUGAACAUAUAGUGAUGUAUAUUACCCACUGAUAAGUUUCCCGCUAAUUGCUAAACGAAACCCUAUUGUGAUAUAAGAAAAAUUAUGUGUAUUUAAUAUCAUAUCGCUCAUUAACAGAAUUAUAUUGCGUAGGUAGUUUAAUCGUCGCAUACUUGAAAAAUAUUCUGAGACCAACAAAUUAACGAAAAUACUUUAAAUAUUAUUGUAACCGCGAAAUUCAACUAUAUAGAUGUGACUUUGACACUUUUGAAAGGUGGCAGGAGAUCUAUUAGAGUGGACACACUUACUAACUGUACAUGUAGGGUCCACGAUUUCAAACACAAUAUACAAGGUGAGCAAAAUGGCAUUACAGUGACGUAAAAUCAAUAGAAAAAUUCCGACAAAGGAUUUUAUGAUUGUAAGCAAACUAUAUUCUCAAAUUUAACCAGCAUUUUUCUACUGGUUGUUACUUUCGGAACUCGUAUUGCUCACUUUAUACCAAUCAAGCACAAAUCUUACGAUCUUUGAAUUUAACAAGUCACGCGCUUGUACAUACGAACACAGUGUAUAAUCUGGUCAAUUCCCCAAAAUGUCAUCAAUUUCCUCAAUGGUACCCGCAGAUGUCGAACGAAAGCCUAUAAAUAAGGUAUAAAUAUAUAUUUAUUGUGUUCCCGUAAAACAAAUCUAUGUAAGUAUAAUGGAGGCACUCGUGUAAUAUUUCGUUGAUCCUGAAGAUGAUGCUCAAAAUUGUACAAAAUAAUACGUGUCGAAUUUUUUGCCCCUUUUUUCCCUUAAUAGCGAUUGUACAAAUUUAAAUGGCAAAAUCUGUGUACCCCGAGAAUGUUUUUCAAGUAUUUUUCCGAAUCGUCGUUUCCCACCCAGUAGACACCCGCAGUGUUGCCGAUACUGUUGCUUUCUAGACGGUUUUGGAAACCCAAAGGGUUUUUCGAAAAAUCAACGAGACGACAUCUUAUUACAAGGUUUGAUUGUCCAAAGAAGAAACUAAAAACUCAUUAUUAUCAAUAAAAUAUAUUAUGUAAUUUUCCCAUCUUCUUUGAAACACUUGCCGUAACUGAAAAUAAUUGCGACCUUUCACAUCCUCUUUCUCUAACCAUCCUACUACUCCCGAGAUAACUUGUAUAGUAUUUCUAGUCAUGAUAUAGUAUUAACAGUACACAAAACAAUUUGACUGUGUAAUUAAGAUUGUGUAAUCCGUAAUGUAUAUGUAAAUUGUUUUAUUUGAUAUAUUAAAACGCGUCAAAGUUGUGAUUGAAAAAAUAUUUCCGUAAUAAAAUAUAUUAAAUAACGAUCCCUUUUUACUAUGUACGAAUAUGUGUAUAAUUGUUCUAUCGUCAAUUGCAAACACCCGUAGAGUCCAUUCGUAGAACAUUCCACACAAACUGUUUGGCGGGCGCCAUUUUGGUCAAAUUUAAAUAUCGCUGGUUAAAAAACCGGCAGUUUUCUUUUAUUUGGGAUGAUCUCACGAAGCAAAUAUAUGAAAAUGACAUAUUUGCGGUACCUGCCAGGCAUAAACGUUUCCAAACCUCAAGAGUUGUGUGACCCGAUAUAUAUGUACAUGUUAUCCGAACAUUAUAGAGGCCCCUAAGAUCGUCACGCGCCUGUCUCCAAAUUAAAUUUGUAUUUUUAUAAGGUGUAAAAUGUAUUUAUUUACUAUAUAAAAACUUUCCAGUGCCAUAAUAAGACUUUGUAAAUAGUUCCCGUUGUAAAUAGUAUUUAUUAGAAUUAAGCAUUUCCAUAGAAUUAACGAACAUUUGCGAUGUACCAAUGGAUGUAUACAGGCAUGGAUAUUUUUAGAUAUAAAAUUGCUUAGUUUUUCGAUUUAUAGAAUGUAAACGAUAAUUUUGUAUUUCCUAUCAUGGCUAGUUGAUAUAACUUUCAUCGGUCAAUGGAAUUAGAACGCAAGUCAAAUUACACUUAUAACCAAGUGGGUACUUACUUAGCUAUCCAGCUAAAACUAUUAGCCUUGAAACUCUCCUCCUUUGAGAAACGUCAGUAAUUGCACUAGACGCAUGUACUGAAACUAAAUCCAUUGACCUUCACAUUCCAACUAAAUUACACGUGUAAUAGUUAUACAUACUUUAAAGACGUCUAAAUUACAUUUUUACAGUGACAAAACUAAAAAUUAUGUUGGCGCGCCUGUGUUUUAGUUAGAAUUUAUUCGAAACGGGAUCCUAGUCGUCGGGUAAAAUUCUAUAAAGCACACGUCGUCGCCUUCUUAAUUUUUUUUUGUUGACAGCACAAGACAAUCAAGUGCGCGAUGCAUGCUUUGAAUAGUGAAAAAAGCAUGUUAGCAUUUUAGAAGUCAUUUUCCUGGCACACGGGUAAAUCAAAACGUUGAAACCUGUUUUUUUCCGCAAAACGUGGCACCCCGAUUCUGCGUUAGGCAGGGAAAUGUGCUUAAUUCCCAGGCUAGGAAACGUUUACGGUCAUUUGACGCACAUGGAAGUUUUAAUUUACAUUACUUUGGAUACGUUUAAGCUAUAAAUACCGCGUAAGGUUUUUUAUAUAAACUAGAACAUUAAGGUUUUCAUUUUAAUGUGUUAAGAGAUAGUUGAAUUGUGUAAAUUCGUUAUGUACCUUUCCACACAAACGACUCGGUCAAAAAAACCCUUUUCAUGUAAACAUUUUUAUAUAGAUGUUUCAUUAUUAAAUACAUAUCAUGGAAAACUAAUUUCGAAUUUCACUAAAACGUUUUUCUCAUCAUCAUCUCUGUGUGUUUUUCUGUAAAUACAUGAAAAUACAAUUAUUUAUUAUUACAGUUAGAAUAAAGACCCGUGACGUUUAAUUUAUUGACGCAUUCUUAUUUACUCGGCCUUCCCAUAACUUCGCCCGACAUCUGCGACGAACACAAUAUCAUGUACCAACCAAGCAUUCAACUCAAUACAACAAUUCAACUAUGCGUUUUACAACUUCUGUUGGGCAAAGCAGAGACCUUCAAUUAUACGUUUCAUCAUAACUCUCGGGUAUGAUUGCUAGGAUCAAUUGCUCAUUUCCGAUUUCCGGAGUUAUGUUUGACACAUUAAUCACAGACCGAUAACUGUUCU